UCACCCACAUCCACGCUCACUCCACACAUCUUGGCUUUUCAGUCAGUUCCAUUCGUUUUAAUAUCUCAGCUGCCGACGUUCGCCGUCCUCAACUUUUCCCCCUCAACGACGAACACACAACUCCUUCUCUGAGUACAUAAUCCCCACCAACAAAUCAGCCAAAAUGAAGUUCUCUGCUGCCGCCGUCCUUGCCGCUGCCGCUGGCGCCCACGCCUGGAGCAACGUGACCUACACCACCGAGAUUGUCACUGCCGUCACCACCUACUGCCCUGGCCCCACUGAGAUCACCCAUGGCGGCAACACUUACACCGUCACCGAGGCCACCACCCUGACCAUCUCUGACUGCCCUUGCACUGUCACCAAGCCCAUCAUCACCACCUCGUCAGUGAUCUGCCACAGCUGCACCGGCUACGUCAACUCUACCGUCCCUGCCCCCACCUCGGCCGGCUCCGUUGGCACUGGCAGCGCCCCCGCUGUCGUCACUCCCACCGUCAGCCCCUCCGAGGUCCCCACCGCUGGUGCUGGCAAGGCUGCUGCCCUCUCUGGCGCCGGUCUCGUUGGUGUUCUCGGUCUCGCUGCCAUCCUCCUCUAAUUUCCUGUCCAUGCGUGACAGCCAAGCGUUUCGACUUCCAUGUCUCAUGAUCCCUCGAUUCUCUUGAUCGGUAAUAGUUAAUACUGCCCCGCCAACUACCAUGUUUCGGCAUGACGUUGCGGCGCCAAGGGGGUUGCGCUUGGAGAACUCAAAUGGCUGUGGAGUUGGAUGUAUUAUGGAUGUGGAUUUAGAGAAGGGAGGAGAAAUUUAUUUUAAAGGAUACCCAGGGCUAAUGAUAACGGGGAACGCAGAGUCCCAAUUUUGUUUGGAUUCUGUGUUUGUAUGAACUUCUUAAGACUUUUGUUUUUUUGGGAAAGCAUUGGGAUUUGCACACACUUUCAACCUUUCUACCACCACCAUUUUUGCAUUACCUGAUAGAUGGCCUGGUCCGCGGUGUUGUUUCUCAUGUAUCCCUUUACAAAGUCUUGACAACGGCUCACAUGCACCCUUCUUCUUACCCUUGGUGGAAUUGUGUUCCAAUAGGGAGUUCAGUGGGCUCUCUCUGAUUGCAAACAAUACUAACACUCUUCCAUUCUGAACGAACUUGUUUGGCAUGA